CUUCCUCCACCAACCUCACCUCUUCUUCUUUUUCUUCUUCUUCUUCUUCUCCCUCUUCGCCCUUUUGCCGCUGUCGCUGUCUCUCUUUUUGCUUUCUCUUCUCUAGUCCCUCUUUGACGGCCGUAUCCUUCGUCUCGAAGCAGGCUUUGUCUCUCCUUUUCACUAUCUCUUCGAGCUGCCUUGGUGGUUCUCACAGGGUUCCUCACCUUUGAUCCAUUCCUUUGAACUGCGCUCGCGCGCACAACCCACCCCUUUGCACAUUCAUCCUAUCAACAUAUCACUUGCAGCAGGACUGGAACAGCUCUUCUCAAGCCGGACUUUGCUUUUGUCCUUUCUUUUCUGAUCUGAUCCCCGGUGUCAGUGUUGUGUUGAAGCACGCCCUGGCCCAGCAAACAGCCUUGCUGGUGGUGUUUGCCGUUUCUCCCUAUCCUCGCCAUCGCUAUAUCAAAUUCACCCGCUGCUAGCACAUAGAUAUCCUGAUUUGACAAGGCACAAGCUGUUCACGUGCUCUCCUGUCCGGUCACCUAGGAGAGUCGCGUUGCUGCUCCUCUGCUGUCAGCUCAACCUCCUCCACCUUCUCUCACUUUGCUCGCCCUCUCUCACGCACUCUCUCCCUCCUUUCCUCUCCUACUUUUUUGUAGGCUAAAAUCCAGCAAUUCAACUGUGAAUCCAGAUUCCUUCAGCUUACUGUCUACAAGUGAAUCUGAACUUUAGUCAACAUGCAGCUUAACGCCCUGAAUUUGGCUGCUGCGGCAGCUGCGCUGAGCUCUCUCGCGGUCCCUGCCACUGCAUUCUGGCGUCUCCCUUGCCGUGGAGUUUCAGGUGUGGGAAGAAUUGACCCUAUUGUCGACCCAGGCAUCCCUUCUCCUCAUGUGCACUCUGUUCAUGGUGGUAAAAACUUUGCCAUGACUGUUACUAGUGAAGAGUUGUUAGCUUCCGAGUGUACUUCGUGCGCCGUUGUUCAGGAUAAAUCGGCGUAUUGGACUCCCAGCCUCUACUUCAUCCACGCCAACGGAGAAGCUGAGCUGGUUAAGCAAGUGGGAGGCAUGCUAGUCUAUUACCUACCCCGCGGUGAAAACGUGGAAGCAUUCCCUCGAGGGUUUCGUAUGGUAGCUGGCGAUACGUACCAGCGCAAUUUUACUCUCCCCGUUCCGGAUCCUCCAAAGUCUACCUGGUCCAAGGAUGAUAAGACACAGUUUGCUCUCUCCCAAAAAGCACUCGGAUUCAACUGCCUGAACUACAACGCGGACGCUGAGCCAGCUUUGAUGCGGCAUUCAUUCCCAGAGAGAACUCUGCUCGAUUCGCAAUGUACCCACGGUGUUCGUAUGGAACUUGUCUUCCCUUCCUGCUGGAACGGAAAAGACCUCGACUCUCCUGACCACAGGUCCCACGUCGCUUACCCCGAUUUGGUUGACGGUGGUUCUUGUCCCGAGGGUCAUGAACGUCGCCUCGUGACUCUUUUCUAUGAGACUAUCUGGGAUACCUAUGCAUUCAAAGGCAAAGAAGGUGAAUUUGUGGUUUCAAAUGGUGAUCCAACAGGGUAUGGAUAUCAUGGUGAUUUCAUUGAAGCAUGGGACGGGGACGUGCUUGAACGUGCCAUUAAGCAGUGCACAAAUCCUUCUGGAAAGGUCGAAGACUGUCCUGUGUUCAAACUUCAGGAAGAACACGAACAAAAGAAAUGCAAGUUUUCUCAGCCCGCAGCAUUGGUCGAUGAACUUGUUGAAUUGAACCCAGAAGGACUGCCUGGUAAAGUCCCUGUCAUGAGAGGACCAGAGUAUGCUAAGCACCUAAUGCCUCACCCUCCUGCAUCCAAACCAAGUCCCCCCAAGGUUAAACUCCCUGUGCCUGAGACACCAGUCAUGCCAACAUCGAAGGCAACAAUGGCUCCUCAGCCCUCCGAGACAGAACCUCCAGCUCCCCCCGUCGACAAACCAGCCCCUGAGAUUCCAUACACCACAUCUUACUCAACACAAGGCACAACGGUCUAUGAGAUCGUCGUCAUCAGAAAGACAGUCACAAAAACAGUUGAGCUUACUGCGCCAACACCACAUGCAAAGCGACAUGAGAGCAGCAAUGUUAAGGGAAGACUUCGUCGUCAUCGAUAUGCCCGGCGUCACUAGACCUAUGGCCAUCAAUGAUCGACAACUCUAGGGGGAGAUUAGGCUGCUUUUCCAUUCUUGAUCUUAUGCCCAUUCAGGGUGUAUUGUUUUCAUGCUGCCUAUCCUAUCUGAUACCCUUUAGUAUCCAGAUCAUCUAAGCAGAAAUGAGGCAAUUGUGUUCAUGUUUAUUAUUUCUGAGAUCGCUUCCUUACGUGUAUUUUAAAGGAAUAAGGCAUAAGGAGAAAAAAAAAAUUAUCUAUUUAUUUAUUUAUUUA